CGAGCCGGGCGGCUAGAGCGGCUCUUCCCGCAGGUCUCCUCAGGAGUCUCCCCCGCCCGGGCGGACUCGCGCAUCCGCGUUGAGGCCGCCGCGUUUCCUGCGGCGGCCGAGAAGAGGCCGGGGGUUGGCGGCGGGUGGCGGCUUGCGCGCCGGGCCUCGGAGGAGAUAUUCCUGUGGCAACAGAUCCCGGCUGCAGAGAAGAAUGAUGACUUAAAUUGAGAAGGAGGGGGAAGAAGAUGGGCCGAUGUGAGAGACAGCUUCAGAAAGGCAACCCAAACUCGGCUGUGCUUUGUUGCUGGUCAGGAAGGAAUUUUACUACGGAAGGGUUUUGGCAUCGGUGAUGAGAAAUGGGGUAUGAUGUAGCACGCUUUCAAGGGGAUGUUGAUGAAGACCUUAUAUGCCCCAUCUGUAGUGGGGUCUUGGAGGAGCCAGUACAGGCUCCUCAUUGCGAACACGCCUUCUGCAAUGCCUGCAUUACCCAGUGGUUCUCCCAACAGCAGACGUGUCCUGUGGACCGCAGUGUUGUGACUGUGGCUCACCUGCGCCCUGUUCCCCGGAUCAUGCGUAAUAUGCUCUCUAAGCUGCAGAUCACUUGUGACAACGCUGUUUUUGGGUGCACUGCCAUUGUGCGCCUCGACAACCUGAUGUCUCAUCUCAAUGACUGUGAACACAAUCCAAAGCGGCCUGUGACUUGUGAACAGGGAUGUGGCUUGGAAAUGCCCAAAGAUGAGUUGCCGAAUCAUAACUGCAUCAAACAUUUAAGGUCAGUGGUGCAGCAGCAACAGACCAGAAUAGCUGAGCUGGAAAAGACUUCAGCAGAGCAUAAGCACCAGCUAGCUGAACAGAAACGUGACAUUCAGUUAUUGAAGGCAUAUAUGCGAGCAAUACGUAGCGUCAACCCCAACCUGCAGAAUCUGGAGGAGACAAUUGAAUACAAUGAAAUCCUAGAGUGGGUGAAUUCCUUGCAACCUGCCCGGGUGACACGGUGGGGUGGUAUGAUCUCCACGCCAGAUGCAGUACUGCAGGCUGUGAUCAAGCGAUCGUUGGUGGAGAGUGGCUGCCCCACAUCUAUCAUCAAUGAGCUAAUUGAAAAUGCCCAUGAACGGAACUGGCCCCAGGGACUGGCCACCCUAGAAACCCGCCAGAUGAACCGGCGCUAUUAUGAAAACUAUGUGGCCAAACGCAUCCCAGGGAAGCAGGCUGUGGUGGUGAUGGCCUGUGAGAAUCAGCACAUGGGUGAGGAGAUGGUGCUGGAGCCAGGCCUGGUGAUGAUAUUUGCACAUGGAGUGGAGGAAAUCUAAAGACUUAACAGAGAUGAUAAAACAAUGUGCUUGAAAGAAAAAAAAUGUACCGUGUCCAAGCCCACUGAUCCUACCCCUGCUAUGCCAUACCAGGGCAUUAUUCUUCUCCAUGUUGAUUUAAAGGAUCACUUCCUAAUCAUGCUGGGCAGGUGCCCCAGCAACAUAUGCAAAAUGCCAUGCUGCAGUCCCUACCCCUUGUGAUAAAUUAUCCUGGUUAAUGCUGGUUUCCAAAUAUUUCUGUAAAAGCACAAGAAAACCUCCUUUGUGCUCCAGGAAAAGCAGUGGUCUUUUGCCAUGAGAAGUCUUUGAUCUCCUGAGAGGGCUUUAGUGUUCCAGUACUGGGGUGUGACAAGCUUGUGGAUUCUGACAAACUCUUUUCAAAGUUGAAAGUUCAUUCUGAAGACUCCCUGCCCCAGGUAUGGUUUUGUUGUGUUGUUCUUUGCGGCAUUUCUAUACAGGCCACACAAUUCUUCCAUAAAUUGCUGCAGUACCUGACUUUCACACAAUAUCUUCAAGGGGUGGGGGUGGGGGAGAGAGCAAACAUGAGAAGGCAAAUGCCAAACUGAGGAUGUGAGAGAUGCCAAAUAAAAAUAUACAUAUUAGUAGUGAUCUUUUUGGCGUUUAAAAAAAAAUGUCUUGGAGCCAAAAACCUGACCCAUUGGGAGGAUGAUCUUCACCCCUCACCUGCACAGGAGAUGGCUGCUCCCUUCUGAUGGGAAACAUCAUUCUUUAGCAAUGUGCUGCUGUGGCUACAGGACAGAACUGAAUUUGAAAUCACAGAGGAUGUCCUCUUCCCUCCUUGCACUCUUGAAGCAUUACUGAUGUCAGGUGCUCUGGUGGCUUCAGCCUUUUCUUCUAGGGUGCAGGCUUCUAAGCAGCCCCUUUGCUCAGCCUGACAAGAAAGGGGCUCUUUUAAGUUUGUGUGUGCCAUGUAAGGGCAGCCUCAGCCAUGCUAAAAAAAAAGGAAACAGAAAAAAAUUAACCUUGGAUGAAAUGGUCUUGUCAUUGUACAUUGGUUGUUUUGAUAAAUCUGUGUGUGAUUUUGUUUUGA